GAUCUUCCUUAGGGUUCCAUAGUCAAACUCGUUGACCCCUCCACCGGGGAGACAAGGAGAUGGUGAAUCAAGGUGCCAAGAAGAGAACACUCGACACAUCGCCAAUCUCCGGCGCCUCAUCAUUGCCUGCAACCUAUUUCCAUGAUGUAAUCUAUAUCACAAGUUUUGUGCAAUUGAUGUCCAUCAUCUCUGACAAGUUUUGGUAUACAUAUCUUGUGAUACCAGCAUUUGGAGAAUACAAAUCUUUCCGGUUCAUUAGAGGUUUUCUGUCAUCAGUCUCAGAGGGAGAGGUUGAGGACGAGAAGACUCGCAAGAAAAGGGAAAAGAUGGAGAAAAAGGCUUCAAGGCCCAAGUUUGUCAAGGCAAGGAAUAGGUACUGGGCCAUCCGGUUGGGCCACUCCACUUUGCCUUGGACCUCCUCAGACUGCUUCAACACAUCAGGAGGAUCUGUGGCAGCAGUGGAAGAGUCCCCGAUUAACUUUUUCAAGAGACUCACAUGGAACACUGGGUGGAGCUUCGAGGAAUUUGAGCAAUCGAGGUUUGCCUAUAAGGCUACAGCUUCAGGUACUGGGCCAUCCGGUUGGGCCACUCCACUUUGCCUUGGACCUCCUCAGUCUGCUUCAACCCAUCAGGUAACUUCAUCUCCUUUUCUCUUCGUGCUUCAAUUCCCUCUUCUAAUUCAAUUCCCAAAUUACUCUCCAAAAUCCCUAACCCUCAUUCCUCUCUUCCCAAUUCCUCUUCGCUUCUUCGUUCCUCCUCUUCUCCUCGAUUUCUUCCUCUUCUCCUCCGACUCUAACACCAUGGUCGUGGAGACACCCAUGGCUGUCGUUUAGCGCUUAACUACAACUAUUGUGUCAGUUUUUUUUUUUUGAUCAUUAGACUAUAUAUUUGAUUAAUUAGGUCAUUAAACUAUUAAAAUGGUUUCAACUAAACUACUAAUGGUCAACCCAUUCUUUUUCAUAUUUUUAUGAGCACAAUUUAACCUCAAUAUAAGUUUUGAAAAUGAUAAAAUAAAUAUUUAAUUUGGGUUAGUGAUUGAGUGUUAAUUCUACAUUGCUUACGCUUAGGUCCUGGGUUUGAACCCUCCCCAUCCCAUCCCAUUCUUUUCAUAUUUUCAUAAGUAUCAACUACAAAUUAACUUAAAUAUAAUUUGUUUUUAACAAAGAAUCAAAUUUUAUAUCUGGUUCAUCGAUUAAGAUGUGCCUAAUCUGUCUCCAAUACCCAUGUCUGAUUCCC